UCCCCUAGAGGGUCCAGAAGGAUACCAUGGUCAAAGGUCUCCAAAGCUGCUGAGAGAUCCAGCAGAACCAGGAAAGAGCUUUCCCCUUGGUCUCUAGCCCAUUGGAAAAUAUCAAGCAGUGCAACCAGGGUUGUUUCAGUCCCACGAUGAGGCCUGAAUCGCAAUCAGAAGGAUAAUGGUGGCAGAAGCUUUGCUGGUCCUGCCCCUCCAAAAGCUCCAGGCCCAAGACUUUCAUUAGCUUUCAAGGGGCCAUCGGAGUUGCUGGAAGGAGUUGUCCAGGACACCAUCCAACCAUCUUAGAGAAUCCAUUCUGGAUUUGUCUAGGUUUUCCCCCAUAGACUUCUCUUCUCCUGAAGAUAACUCACAAGGCAGCUUCCGGAAGCCAAAGGAUUUCCUUUCCUCCCACUCUGAAGAAGGUGAUGGAGAAGACAUUCAGAAUUCCAAGGAAUGGGGCACCUUUCGUUUCAUUAGGAAUAGAAAUUAAAAUGUGUGAAAUGUGGGAUAUGCUUCAUUGAAUGAGGACACAUAGCUCACAUCAAUGACUCCGAGAGGAGAAACCAUUUAAAAGUAUGGAGUGUGGGAAAAGUUUUGAUGAUAGUGGAAAACUUAGAACACAUCAGCGGAUUUACAUGGACAAGAAAGGAUUACAAUGCAGGGAGUGUGGAAGAACUUCAGUCAGAGAGGAUUCCUCAAUAUACAUCAGCGGACUCACACAGGGGAAAAACCAUUUAAAUGCAUGGAGUGCGGGAAAAGCUUCCAUCAGAGUGGACACUUAAGUUCACAUCUACGGACUCACACAGGGGAGAAACCAUAUAAAUGUAUAGAGUGCGGAAAGAGCUUUAGUGAUAGUAGAGACCUUAGAAAACAUCAACGGAUUCACACAGGGGAGAAACCAUAUAAAUGUAUAGAGUGCGGAAAGAGCUUCAGCUUCUGUCGGAGUGGACAGUUAAGUUCACACCUACGGAUUCACACGGGUGAAAAACCUUUUAAAUGCAUGGAGUGUGGGAAGAGCUUCAGGCGGAAUGCAGAACUUGAAUUACACCAGCGAAGUCACACUGGUGAAAAACCAUAUAAAUGUAUGGAGUGUGGAAAGAGCUUCAUUCAGAGUGGGCAGUGCAAUAUGCAUCAACGGACUCACACAGGGGAGAAACCAUUUCAAUGUAUGGAGUGUGGAAAAAGCUUCUGUCGGAGUGGACACUUAAGUUCACAUCAACGGACUCACACGGGUGAAAAACCAUUUCAAUGUAUGGAGUGUGGAAAGAGCUUCAGUCGGAGUGGACACCUCAAUAAACAUCACCACAAUGAACUCAACUCAGCAGGAAAUCCAUCUUAA